GGUUGUGCGCCUGUUGGUUGUAAGUUCACUGCCAGUCGGACAGGACUACAGAGCUGGCAAACGGGAAGCACUUUGGAAAUACAUAAUUAAUUGCAACGUAAACAGGAAGCUUUGGUAACUACGUUUAAUGAUGCUGAGGCUACUGUAGAGUUGUAUUAAAUGGGUUGGCCCAUCUACGAAGCUGUACAUCCACAGGAGCCACAGGUCAGGACUGCGUAGGUGGAUUUUGUGGUUUGUAAUCUGCAAAUGCCAUAGAUUUUCCAGACUGGUCCUGCACUGCAACAAUGCCGGAGUCCUCGCUGUUCAAGGACGGUCGCCGCAGCUCUGUUGAAAGUAGAACACCCCCCUUGAGGCAGCUGAGCCAGUCGUUGCAGCCACUCCACAGAAAUCCCCACACGAUCAGUAUUUUCUGCUCAGAGCAUAAUGUGCAGGAAUGCCUGUCACACAUCAAUAUGGAAGUCUCGUCACUGGGCCUCCCACCAGUUUGGUCAGAGCUGGAUGGCAGCUCAGUGCUGAAUGUUGUCGCUGUGCUGAAUCGCAUGUAUGACCUGAUUCAGCUGCACCACAAGAGCCUCAGAACUGUGGAAAACAUGGAGGUGGAGCAGCUUAAGCUCAACAGCAAUGUAGACUUCUUGAAGCUCACAACCACUCGGCUAAAGGAACAGCUUGAUGUUUCUAAAAGAGAAAACACAGGACUUCUUGAGAGAGAACGACAGCUCCUGCUGAAAGUCAAGAGUUUGCAAAACUGCCUGAAAAACGAAAAAGAAGAGGUGCAAAAACUUCAGAACAUAAUUGCCAGCCGUGCCAGUCAGUACAAUCACGACAUGAAGAGGAAAGAAAGAGAGUUCAACAAACUGAAGGAGCGAUUAAAUCAACUGCUGGCAGACAAGAAAGAGAGAAAACAAGCUAUUGAUGUCCUCAAUAACAUUGGGAGAGCGGAUGGCAAGAGGAGCCUUUGGAAAACUGAAAAAACAGAGGCAAAGCAUGAGGGGGAGAUGUACAAGACUCUUCUGAAUGACUACGACUCCAGACAAAGGGAGCUUGUGUUGGAAAAUGCUGAGCUGAAAAAAGUUUUACAUCAGAUGAAAAAGGAAAUGAUGUCCGUACUCAGGUCAAGAAAACUGUCCCUGAGAGGAGAGAAAGCUGACUUAAGUGGCACACAGGCCGCUUCAGAGGAGGAUGAGGAAGAGGUGUUUGACUCAGAGCUGACUUGUGUUCAUGCUCGGGAGAAACUCACCAACAGUAUUCGCCUCCAGUGGAGACGACUCAAGAGCCACGUCGAAAGACUGGACAGCCAAGUGUCUUUGACUCAGAUGAGCAAAAGUACAACCGGUGAUCCUGUUCCUCCUCGAGAGACUUGUGAGAAGGAAAUGGAAAGACUCAAACUUGAAAUUCAGCAGUGCAAAGACUUUAUUCAGACACAACAGCAUCACCUACAGCAGAAACUGAGCACCCCCUGUGAUGAAGAUGCUGCUCUACUCCUGAAUGACAGUUACAUGCUUCAGGAGAAGGAGCGCCUGAGAGGGGAGUGGAAAAACCUGGAGGAACAGAGAACGAUCUUUGAGAAAGAGAGGAGUAACUUUACUGAAGCAGCUAUUAGACUGAGCCAUGAGAGAAAAGUCUUUGAAGAGGAUCGAGCAACAUGGCUCAAACACCAUUUUUUAAGCUUGAGUCCAUUUGAAAACUCUAUUAAACCCCAGCUAUCAAAGUCUUCAAGUGCCAUUUUGAUUUCUGAAGCAGACUCGAGUGCACAGUUGGCUCCAGAAAAGCUCAGUUCCUGCUAUUCAAACUCAACUUCUUCACCCAGUGCUUUUAUCACAUCGCCUUCCAUCUCCAACUUGCAGCACACACUUGACCUUAUCCCAGAAAAUGGAUCAACAAAACCUGGAAGAGAAAGAAGCGUCCUCUGUGAAAAUAUUCAUCCAAGAGACAAACUGUGGAAUGACGACAAAGACCUCAGCUCCAAAUGAAGCCAAAAACAUUUCUCAUUUAAUCUAUAUUUGCUGUCAGAGUUUGGUGAUUUUAGAAAAUAGCCUGACUGGCCAAAAAAAAAACCCACAUUGAAAAAAGAUACGUUUUUCAAAGCCAAAAGUUUCUAGUUAACAUAUAAGAGUUAUAUAUAAGUUAAUAUAUAAGAGCCUAAGUCACGCCCAUCUAGUUAUGGGCCAUGGGUCCCUGGAAGAAUGAAAAAAUUAAUGCAAGUCAAUGGGGCUAUAAAAGCUAUUUUCUAAUCCUGUUUGUUAUGUGCCAUGGAUUUCACAUAUUAUGUCAGUGAAUUUUAGAUAUUCUGAUGCCAAGAAAGGGCUUAUUUUCAAAUGGGAGCAAAAGUUAUUUUAGGUUUUGUGUGAAAAUAUGUCCAGGACUACAAAUGCGCAUCACCAAAUUAACAUCAUCAAACCACACACGGAGAAAAGCAGAUGUAAAGUGGCUGUAAGUUUAGCAAACUUCAAAUCAUUUUUUUAAGGAGGAAAGAACCACCAUAAAUCUCACCAUGUAGAAAGUAACAGCUACGCUAGGAAAGAGGAGGUUCUGUGGUAACGUCAUAUAUGCGACGUAACGAUGUCAGACUUGUAGUCAUAGCAAGUACAAAUUUUUACAAGUUGAUGAAUCUCAAAGUACGUGACAGGUGUGGUCGAAACACAUCAUUACCUUUUAAAUUGAAGUACAUCAUAUGUGAGAUCCAGGGCGUAAGGCAAAGCAGAUUAGAAAAGAGCUCUUUUAGCCAUAUUGACUUGCAUUCAUUUUUCCCCUCUAUUUUUGUUAAGCUUUUACAGUGUAAACAUACAAACUUAUAAUAACAAAACACAUGCAUAACAGCAAAGAAAACAGAACCUGACAGGUUAACCAAAAUAGGGAAAUAAGACAAGGCUAAAAAUAAUGAAAAUGGGAGACUUAACCCACCCCACCAUCCCGACGAAGACCUUGUUUUGGAGUUUCUCCAGGACCCCACUAAUUAAUUAGAAGAGCAAGGUUAAAUCAGCUUAAUAUUAGCAAGGUACUGUAUAAAGGGUUGCCAAGUUGCAUCAAAAUAUUGGAGUUUGUCCUUCAAAACGUAUCUUAUUCUUUCCAGAUGUAAUGUAUUUGUUAAUUCCUCCAGCCUUAUUUUGUCUGUUGGAGGUUUUUCCACUCUUCCACCUCGUAAGGAUAACUUUUUUCCCUAUUAUAAGACCGUAUGAAAUGAAGCACCGCUGUGCUUUGUUGAAUUUGUUAAAGGUUUCAGACACUCCAAGAACAAUAUAUAAAGGGUCCGGUUCUAUCACACAUUUCACCACCUCGGACAUCACACUGAAGACCUCAGACCAAAAAUUGCCUAUUUUUGGGCAAAGGACAUGGAGAUGAGCUGCCACGGAGGUUUUGCAUUCAUCACACAAAGGUGAUACUGUAGGAUAUAUAUUAUGUAGUUUUUCCUUUGAGAAAUGAAGUCUAUGUAUGAUUUUAAAUUGAAUAAGACAAUGUCUUGCACUAUGUGAACAGGUGCAAAUCUCCUCAAGGGCACUGUUCCACAAAUCUUCUGCAAUCUGUUCCCCAAAAUAUUUCUCCCAUUUGUGUCUAUAUAUAUAUGGGCAGGCGGGGAAUUUAAUAACUAGAGGUUCUUAUAAAUAUGCGCUAUCAGUUUAGGUUCAUGUAUCUGCAAUUUCAAGCAGUCAUCUAUUAAAUAAAGUUUUUGGUUCGGUCUGAAAAUCCUCAGAA